ACCAACCGGAAGCUAGCCGUUGGCUCCAGGGAAUUCGGUUAGGACGCCAAAUGGGUGUUUUUCUCGCCAUAAAGUCUUCUCCGUGUCUUGUAACAUUUCUUAACCGGCGUCACGCUUGUUUUCAGAUGAACUAUUGUUGGGUGUAUUUACUGGCUACGCGGUGGUACCCCCGGCCGGAAACAGAAGCGGGCCCGGCCGGAAGUGGAAGUAGGCCCGGCCGGACACAAGGAAGACGGGCAAGGCUGCGCUCGGCGACACCGGCGUGUGUUUAUACGGCAAUUAGUCCACUGCAUGUCGGCUAAAUCCACUGCGUUCCACGGCUCGUGUAAGAAAAAGACAUAUUUUCCUAACUGUGUCCCGCUGCUUCGUGAAGUUUUAGCAUGGCGCUUAGCAACAGACGAGCUAGCUAACAGCGGAUAUCAACUUUUUUUCCUAGCCGAGUUUUAACCUCUGAAAAAAAAUAUGAGCGCCGGAGCCGAUAUUGUCAACGAAUACAUUUCCUUUUAAGACACCUCAUUUGCUGCCAUUUUAAGAAACAAAAGGGAGGAGGAAAAAAAGCGGUUAAAUGUUCGGGGAGCGACUCUAGCGCGGUAGCAGUGUAGCGAAGCCUUUAGCCGCUGAAGUUAGCCAUGAAGGAGUACAAAGUGGUGGUGCUGGGCAGCGGCGGCGUGGGCAAGUCCGCGCUCACCGUGCAGUUUGUCACCGGCACCUUCAUCGAGAAGUACGACCCCACCAUCGAGGACUUCUACCGGAAGGAGAUCGAGGUGGACUCGUCGCCCUCCGUGCUGGAGAUCCUGGACACGGCGGGCACGGAGCAGUUCGCCUCCAUGAGGGACCUUUACAUCAAAAACGGCCAGGGCUUCAUCCUGGUCUACAGCCUGGUCAACCAGCAGUCUUUCCAGGAUAUCAGACCCAUGCGAGACCAAAUAGUGCGAGUGAAGCGUUUUGAGAAGGUCCCGCUGAUCCUGGUGGGCAACAAAGUGGACCUGGAGUCGGAGCGCGAGGUCGCCGGCUCGGACGGUCGGGCCCUGGCUCAGGAGUGGGGCUGCCCUUUCAUCGAAACCUCUGCCAAGAGCAAGACCAUGGUGGACGAGCUGUUCGCCGAGAUCGUGCGUCAGAUGAACUAUUCCACGCUGCCGGAGAAGCAGGAGCCCUGCUGCAGGGCCUGCGUGGUCCAGUGAAGAGGAGACACCGUCUGUUUGUCUUGGAUCACCAAAGGCAAAUUUUGAAUGGAGCGAGGGCCACCGGACUUUGCGAGCCAACCCGCCGCGCCCCGAGUAACAUUUCUGUCUUAACACAGAGCAUCUGGCAGCCAAGACGUCAGUCCUAUUUUUGAUAACCUAACUGUUUUAAAGAUGUUUUUGCUGCAACUUUCAAAGCAUUUUUGUGGCGUGAAGUGACGGGAUGACAGACUCGGGCAGCCAUCUCGGAUUUUUAUUCUUAUGUUUUCUCCCCCCCCCCCCCCCCCCCCC